AAUUUAAUUUUAAAUAAUAAUGUGUUUAAUUGAGUUUUUUUUUUUUCUGCGCGUAUUCAGGAUAGUAUGUGUUUGCCUUUGUACCAAAAUUUUCUUUUGGGAAACAAAUAGUCAAAAUAGGAUACCACCACACUUGGGGGACUUUGUCUCCAUGAGAAAGGAGUUACUCACCCACUUUAACUGGGACUGGGUCUGGGUCUGGGAGUAUGCUCAAUGCUCAUCACCUGUCAGCUUGGUUGGUAGUGGUACUUUGAACAAAGCUGCACAUCAGGAAGCCCAAUCUAAAGAAAGCAGGAAGCAGCAGCCAUGGGGAUUCAUGAAAGAAUUUUUAGCUAAUAGUACAAUCAAUGUCACCAACAUAGAUCCUGAAGGGAAGCUACACAUAAUGCAAUGUAUAGCCCAUGAUUGCUAUGAUAAGUUUGGGGCAUUGACUUACAGGGACAAUCCUUGGCUCCAUGUAGAUUUAUACAGUUAUACCAUCUUUGACACUGAUAACAAGUUUGUUGCUGUUGGCUGUGAUACGAUAGCAUAUGUAGAAGGUGUUCAAGACAUCCAUUCCAAAGGAACAACCAAUAUCAAUGUAACAGUGACUAGUAGCAAAAAUCAUACAAGAGUUUGGAAGUUUAACCCUAGUAGCUAUGGCUUCAUUAUGGAAGAAGGUCAGUUCAACUUUUCUUCAAAUUAUCUUCUCGACUUGCAAAAUGUUAGUAAACUCCCUCUGGUGCUUGAUUGGUCAAUUUGGGACAUCAACCAUAUAUGUGGUAAUAAAGCAAAGGCAUGCCAAGGAAAUAGCUAUUGCAUUCCUGUUGAUGAUUAUGGAUAUCAAUGCAACUGCUCAAAAGGUUUGAAGGAAAUCCAUACCUACCUAGCGGUUGCCAAGGUAACCCAUUUAUACUCAAGCUAUCCUAAUUGCAAUGAUUGUAAAGAUAUGAUCUACACCAAUACAGUAGGAAGUUAUACAUGUCCGUGCCCCAAAGGUUACCAUCGUGUUGAAAUCAAUGGUGAACAAGGUUGCGUUGCAAAUCACCAACAUGAUUGCAAUCUAAUUCUGGUCCCUGUAGGCAAGUUUGAUGUUGCAAUAACAACUAUCCAACUACGAAGGUCUGCAAAAACAGCUAAAAUUUUUACAGCUGAAGAACUUGAGAAGGCUGCAAACAACUUUGAUGAAAGCAAAAUUCUACAUCAAGGAGGUUAUGGGACAAUUUACAAUGAAGCUCUUAGAGAUGGGAGAAUUGUUGCUAUUAAGAAGUCACACAUUAUUGAUGAAAGUCAAAAUGAGCAAUUCAUAAGCGAAGUGGUUGUUCUUUCACAAAUCAACCACAGAAAUGUGGUGAAACUAAUAGGUUGUUGCUUAGAGAUAGAGGUUCCAUUGUUGGUUUACGAAUUAAUUGCCAAUGGCACUCUCCACCAUCACAUCCACAAUAAAAAUAAGGCUUCAUCAUUGACCUGGGAAAUCUACUUAAGGAUAGCAGUAGAAACUGCUAGAGGGCUAUCAUAUUUGCCAUAUACAGCCUCUACACCAAUCAUUCAUAGAGAUAUAAAGUCUACAAACAUACUCUUAGAUGAUAGCUACAUAGCAAGAGAAUCUGAUUUUGUGAACGAAGCAAACAUUGAGCAGAUCAAUGAGGUAGCUAAUCUUGCAAGGAGAUGCUUGAGUGCGAAAGGGGAGGAAAGGCCUACAAUGAAGGAAGUGGCUAUGAAAUUAGAGGGAGUGAGAAGUAUGACAAAGCAUCCAUUGGUUAACGAAGCAUUGGAUGUAGAAGAAGCAGAGUACUUGCUUGAUGAAACGUCUGAUAAAUCUGGUUACCAUGAGUACUUUGAUGCUAGUGGUAGCAUGAGUGUCCACAACACCUUGCUAGACCAAGUAGGAUUUGCAGUUCACAAUGGGAGAUGAUUACUUGGUUUGAGGAAUAAUGAUUCAUCCAGAUGAAAGAAUGGAGAUGAAAGAUGCCGGUUUUGCUGAAUUUUUUUUUUUUUUUUUUGUUAUUUAUAAGUACUUUAGAAUUGAAUUAAAAUUUAAAAUGUAU